GGCCCACUAAACACUAUACUAUCUCAUCGUAUCAUUUGGACGAAUUUGUAUACAAAGAAGCAAGACAGAUUUUUGAAUUUUUGUAUUUUUGUCGAAAAACCGAGAUAUUCAUCCCCCAAUUUAUCUGUAAAUAUCUAUUAUUUCCUCAUAUAGUAAUUUGUAGUAUUGCUAUUUCCUUUUAAUCUUUUUAAUCAAUUCCUAUUUUUUAGUUCCUUUUAUAAUUCAUCUAGCAAUGAUUUCUAGGCAUUUGACGUCCUCAAAAUAUUUUUAUUUCACACAAAUAACGUUUACAAAUUUUCCAAUUUUAAAUUUGACUAUAAUUGCUCCCUACCAAUUACUCCCCAUUUUCGUUGCAUUAUCUCUCAUCAAUUAACUUUCAGUUUUGUUUUUAAGUCAAGUUUAAGUUAAUUCAGUAUACGCGCUUUCAUAUUGAUGGUGGGUACUACUUCUACUGGAUGUUGUUGACAUUCUAGUAAAAUUGAUAUUGGACAAAAUUUUUCUGUAUUAUUGGUAUUUGAGAAGUGAUUUUUGUUUACUAGGCUUCAAUUUUAUAUAGUGAAUAGUUAGUGAAAUUUUGUUGUAGUCAAGUUUUUGAAAUCCAGUCAGAAUGUUGGGAAUAUUCAAUUUUAUGGAAGGAUAUAACCAUUUUAUGAAAAUACAUUCAGAUCCGAGAACAAAAGACUGGUUCCUCGUAGGAAAACUUGGACAUUUAAUACUUAUCCUAGUUACUUAUGUGUAUUUCUGUACAAAAAUUGGACCGAAGUUAAUGAAAAACAAGAAGCCAUUUGAAUUGAAGAAGACUAUCCAAAUAUACAAUUUACUACAAGUAUUUGCAAGUGUAUAUUUAUUCUACGAGGGUCUUGCAGCUGGAUGGGCAACAGAUUACAAUUAUACGUGUCAACCACUUGUUCCAGGUGAAAAAGGAAUGAGGAUGGCAAAAGCUGUUUACUUCUACUUUAUUUGUAAAUUAGUGGAAUUGUUAGAUACGGUAUUUUUCAUUUUACGUAAAAAAUAUAACCAGGUGACGUACUUACAUCUUUAUCACCAUACAAUUAUGCCAAUGUGCGCUUGGAUUGGAGUUACCUUUUUCCCAGGUGGUCAUGGAACCCUUUUAGGACUCAUAAAUUGUUUUAUUCAUGUGAUAAUGUACGUCUACUACUUUCUUUCCUCACUAGGUCCACAAUACCAACCAUAUCUAUGGUGGAAAAAAUAUGUUACAAAACUACAAAUGAUUCAAUUCUGCAUCGUUUUCUGGCACAACUUCCAAGUACUGUUCAAAUCUUGCGACUACCCAAAAUUUUUGAAUAUCCUUCUCGCCAGUCAAGCCGCUUACUUCCUGUACCUUUUCGGCUGCUUCUACGUGAAUAGCUACAUAAAAAAUAAGAAAUCCAAGUUAGAUCACGAAGUAAUGACUAAUAGAGUUAGUAGGAACGGCUUACAAAACGGACAAAUCAAAAACAAUUCCACAACAAACGGUCACUUGGUGAACGAUUUUACUUCGGUGGACCCUUUCAAAACCAGUAAAACGAAAGCUAAUUAGAUAGGACAUUUAUCCUUUCUCUUAAUGUAUAUGUGUACAAAGGCUUUUUGAAAAAGGUGUACAGUAAACAUAGACUUCAUUUUUAUAAAUCUGUUGUAACUAAUUAUAGAGGGAUUUUAUGUUAUUAUAGAAUCUAAAAAUUAUGAUUGGAUUAAAAGUUAAAAUAUAAAUUAUACGUAUUAUAUAUUUAAUAUGAGAUGAAAUUUUUUGACAGAGUUGGAAAUACAAAUUUCUGAAUAUUAUUCUCACUCAUAUUGACUUUUUCGACUUUUAUAUGGAUUUGAUUGACGUACUUUGAUUCUUGAUGUGACUGAUUCUGACUACGUGUUCAUUACACUUUUUUCUAUUUCAAAACCUUAGUCUACGUCUUAUGUGACAUUGUUCGUGUCAGCUACAAUUCAAUUGCUAAAAAUCUUAUUUCUCUUAAAUACUGGUUUUAGACUUAAUACACUCGUAGGACUGUUUCAAAUCAUAUCGAAGAAGGAACAUAAUGAGGAAAUUAAUUGUUUCUUAAUUUCGACAUUUGAAUUAUAAAAAUAUACACACAACAUUUUUUUGUAUUCAUUAUACACUUACGGCAUAUAAAUUUGUGUAAGAAAUGGGACGUAAUUAUCAUCCGAUUCGCAGCUGAUGAAGCAGAAAACUCCAACUAUAAAGUGAACAGGAAUUAUAUCAAAGAAUAGCAGUAAUGGACGUAUGUUUAUAUGGGACGUAAACUCGACUCUAAAGGCUCUCAACAGUUGGGAUCAUGCAUUUAUUUCAUAUAAAACUUUUGUCAAAUUUAAUUUUGAUCAGUGCUUUUCCGCUUUUUGUUUGCCCUGACUAAGAUUUGCGCUGAUGCAGGAAGCAAAAAAAAAUUAACCUCACAUUUUCAUACCUAAAAACUAACAAACAAUUAUAAAAGGUACAAGAUAAAACAUCCUUUCAAAGUUAUCGAAUUGCAACGAUCUGCUUCACAACAAAUUACUGUAGGCUGACAAUAAAAAUUAAAUCAUAAAAUUUCCACCCAAAUCAAAAUGGAGUCCAGAUAUUAAAGUUUAUGGAAAAAUCUGCAUAAGCUAUUUAAUAAAUUCAACUAAAUAGAUGAUAGAACUUCUGCAUCUAGUCCCAGAGCUGGCUACAUAAAACAGCAUCGAUGAGGUACACGACGUUAGGGGUUGGAAACGGAGGGUCCGUAAUUAGAACAUCACCAAACGGCAUUUCUAGCACUCUGUACAGGUCGGAUAUGAAAAUACCCGCCGGUUUUCCCGGGCGAAAAAAUGGGCUGGAAAACCUCAUAUGGUACACGAGUAAAAACUGUUGGAUCGUGGGGUCCGAACCUCAAAUAAGAACGCUGUAAUAACGCCAGAAGUGACCAAAAGUGCCGGAAAAUUGGUCCGAAAAACCCGAUAUAGUACACGAGUGAAACCUUGUGGAACGUGAGGUCGGACUCUCGACUAAUAGCAGUGUAAUAGUGCCAGAAGUUUUGCAGGUCGGGAAACCCUCUCCAGAAGCGACCGAAAGUGCCGGAAAAUUCAUCCGAAAAACCUCACGUGGUACACGCAUCUGCGCUCUCUCCCUCUCUCUCUCUCUUCGAGGUCAGAUGAUUAGGUUAGGUCAAGCCGAUGUCAAAAAUUUUGACCUGCUCGGGUAAAAAUUUUUAGGGUGGGUCGUACAGAGAGGGUCAUUCUCUAUCUGUGAAAGGCUACGGCAAUUAAAAGUUUUCGCUCAUAACCUUAGUUUCUUUGCGAAUCAAUAAUGGAUUUUUUGUUUUAAACACAACAUUUUGAAUUUGUUAUCUAAGAAAUUUUAUUCAAUUAUAUAUUGUUAAUACAGCUCAAAUCGAAUCCUUAUAUUAUUAUAUUGCGUGCAAAAAAUGUAGCAAUGAAUUAAAAAUGAAAUGGGCGCGUUAAAUGAGCGAACACGUGAACGGAUUUGUGAGAAUCGAGCAUCAUCUUACCCCAACCAACAAUAUAAACAUUACUGAAUGACUUUUCGCAGACAUUUUAAAAAGAAGUUCAUGAAAAUCGAUUAAUAAUUAGCGCUGUAAAUGAAUUAACAAAAAUUAACAUU